UGCGAGCCACAGCUCUCAGUAACCGCCUCUGCUGCUCCAGCAGACGCUGCAUCAGCUGAUCCGUCACGUGGUCUGGUGUCUCGGGUCAGCCUUUUGCAAAAUGGAGUUGUCUGAGUCUGUGCAGAGAGGGCUGCAAUCUCUGGCCGACCCGUCCGUCUACAACCAGAGCAGCUACCCGGUGCUGGUGGACGUGUCUUUCCGGAGCCUGCUCUCCUCUCACGCCGACCCCGGAGUCCUCGAUCAGCCCGAGCUGAAGCAGCUCGACCAGAUUGUGCUGAAACAGAGUCACACUGCAGCGACCACCUUCAUACUGGAGGCGGUGAAACAAAGCGCAGACAAGUCCACCAUCAGCUCCUGCCUUGAAGAACUCUCAUUCAGUGCAGAGAGAAUAGACAUUUUCUAUAAUGCACAUCAGAAAAAUAAAAAAGAGCUGGAGCGUCUGUUAGCGAGCAUAGGUAGGUGUCCACCUCAUGUUAACGACGCGUCAUGGCGGCUCCAAUACCACGUGAAGAACAGUCAGGUCGAUAAGAUCAACGAGCCUUUCUACUGUAUUUCAUUGAACACUGAGAAUGAAGGAUCCUCGGAAGAUGUCAACUUCACCUGCACAGUGGAGCAGCUACAGGAUUUGGUGGGAAAGCUCAAAGACGCUGCCAAGAGUGUGGAGAAAGCCAGUCAGAUGUGAUGUCGGUGUCCAGUUUCCUCGUCUUUCCUGCACCACAAAGCACUGAACCUCUGCAGUUUCUAGCGGCAUUACUCGUCUCUUUAUAGUUUAUUUUGUACCUGAGCUUGACAUGACGUGAAUGCAUGUGAGACGAUUAUCAUUCCAAUGUGUGUGUUUCAAUUAAAACAGAAAAAUAUAUAUAA